GCCCGCAAAAGUGUGCAUGCGAGAAGAAAUGUAAGAAAAGGUUGGUGUUUAUCGUUAACAUUUUAGUUUAGUUUGUAAGCAUGAAUGCGGGGAUGCAUAUCACUAUAAGGUUAACGCUACCGAAACCUCGUUUUUGUCCACUUCUGCGUCCCUUUUUUUGACCUCUUAAAUCACGUGUCAAACUCGUUCCAUGGAGAGCCGAGUGUCUGCGGUAUGUCGCUACUCCCUUGUACUUGAUUGAUUAAUUAAGGUAACUGAUUAGUUACGAACUCCCCUCACCUGGUUGUCUUGAGUUUGACACCCCUGUAAACAUUUAGUGAGCAUGAUUUUACCACAGCCACUAAGUCGUAAACCACGCCUAUUUAUACAAUUUAUCUUAUUAACAUGUGAUUUUUAUGAUAUAGCCAGUGGAAACCGGUAGUUAGCUGGUUAACAACAACCAGCAUCUAGUGCAGGGGUAGGCAACCUUGGUGUGCCACAUGUUAUUGUUUUAACCGACCUGGAAGACCAGGUGUGUUAAAUUUAGGCAGUCAUUGAACUGAUAAAUUGUCUCAGUUGGUCAGGUGUGGUGCCUAGUUGAAACAAAAUCCUGCACGGAACUCCAGGAACAGAGUUGCCUAUACCUGAUCUAGUGGUUAAUGUACAGCAUGGUUCCCCAAUUGGCGGCCCGCAAGUGAUUUUAUUUGGCCCCUCAAGUUUUCUGGGCAAAAUAAAUAACAUUACAUUUACAUUUUAGUCAUUUAGCAGACGCUCUUAUCCAGAGCGACUUACAGUUAGUGAGUGCAUACAUCAUUUUUUAUUUUUCAUACCCCCAUGGGAAUCGAACCCACAACCCUGGCGUUGCAAACGCCAUGCUCUACCAACUGAGCUACAUCCCUGCCGGCCAUUCCCUCCCCUACCCUGGACGACGCUGGGCCAAUUGUGCGCCGCCCCAUGGGUCUCCCGGUCACGGCCGGCUACGACAGAGCCUGGAUUCGAACCAGGAUCUCUAGUGGCACAGCUAGCACUGCGAUGCAGUGCCUUAGACCACUGCGCCACUCGGUCUAAGGCAACAUAAAAUACUAAAAUCCCCAGGAAAUCAGAUCAAAAAGAUUUUAAUUUAGGAAAUCUGUUACCAAGUAUUUCCAGCAUAAAUAGAGAGACAUAGCUAUGGAAUCGAAAACCAAUGUAAUCAAGGUUUGAAAUGAUUGUAUUUUUGUCAAAUACUAGCUAACUAUAUUUGUUUGGGCUUCUUGUGGUCAAUUUGCAUGGUACACAUUUUUUAUAAUUAUUGUCUGGCCAGGGUUUCCAUUAGGAAAAUGUGGCGCCGGACAACGUGACCUGGACGAUUUAGAUUUACCAGCCAUUUGAGAUACACUAAAUAUACAAAAGUAUGUGGACACACCUUCAAAUUAGUGGAUUUGGCUAUUUCAGCCACACCCGUUGCUGACAGGUGUAUGAAAUCGAGCACACAGCCAUGCAAUCUCCAUAGACAAACAUUGUCAGUAGAAUGGCCUUACUGAAGAGCUCAGUGACUUUCAACAAGGCACCGUCAUAGGAUGCCACCAUUCCAACAAGUCAGUUUGUCAAAUUUCUGUCCUGCUAGAGCUGCCCCAGUCAACUGUAAGUGCUGUUAUAGUUAAGUGGAAAUAUCUAGGAGCAACAACGUCUCAACCGCAAAGUGGUAGGCCACACAAGCUCACAGAACGGGACUGCUGAAGUGGACAGGCUAACAUGCUUUUCAAACAGUUGGAGACAAACAGAGGGGUGUGUUCAUAACAAUUCAAUUUAUUAUUAUUAUUAUUAUUAUUAUUAUUAUUAUUAAUUCAACUGUUCAACUUUGUUAGCUAGCAAAUAGAUCCAAGUUGGCUAAACUUGAAAUAUAAAGAUUAGCUGGCUAAUCACUAGCACGUGGGCUUGAGAGAUGGUUGAUGAGACCCGUGUUAAUUUUCUAUAGCCUAAUUAAUGCCUGCUACAAGAAGUUAGUCAUUAUUAGUGAAUGUGCAUUAUGCAUGGUUCUAGUUAAAUUUGUAACAAAAAAUGGCAUUUUCAUAGACAUACUUGAAAGCCAAAUCAGUGAUUUUUAUAUAUAUAUAUAUAUAUAUAUAUAUAUAUAUAUAUAUAUAUAUAUAUAUAUAUAUACAGUGGGGAAAAAAGUAUUUAGUCAGCCACCAAUUGUGCAAGUUCUCCCACUUAAAAAGAUGAGAGAGGCCUGUAAUUUUCAUCAUAGGUACAUGUCAACUAUGACAGACAAAUUGAGAUUUUCUUUUCCAGAAAAUCACAUUGUAGGAUUUUUAAUGAAUUUAUUUGCAAAUUAUGGUGGAAAAUAAGUAUUUGGUCACCUACUAACAAGCAAGAUUUCUGGCUCUCACAGACCUGUAACUUCUUCUUUAAGAGGCUCCUCUGUCCUCCACUCGUUACCUGUAUUAAUGGCACCUGUUUGAACUUGUUAUCAGUAUAAAAGACACCUGUCCACAACCUCAAACAGUCACACUCCAAACUCCACUAUGGCCAAGACCAAAGAGCUGUCAAAGGACACAAGAAACAAAAUUGUAGACCUGCACCAGGCUGGGAAGACUGAAUCUGCAAUAGGUAAGCAGCUUGGUUUGAAGAAAUCAACUGUGGGAGCAAUUAUUAGGAAAUGGAAGACCACUGAUAAUCUCCCUUGAUCUGGGGCUCCACGCAAGAUCUCACCCCGUGGGGUCAAAAUGAUCACAAGAACGGUGAGCAAAAAUCCCAGAACCACACGGGGGGACCUAGUGAAUGACCUGCAGAGAGCUGGGACCAAAGUAACAAAGCCUACCAUCAGUAACACACUACGCCGCCAGGGACUCAAAUCCUGCAGUGACAGACGUGUCCCCCUGCUUAAGCCAGUACAUGUCCAGGCCCGUCUGAAGUUUGCUAGAGUGCAUUUGGAUGAUCCAGAAGAGGAUUGGGAGAAUGUCAUAUGGUCAGAUGAAACCAAAAUAUAACUUUUUGGUAAAAACUCAACUCGUCGUGUUUGGAGGACAAAGAAUGCUGAGUUGCAUCCAAAGAACACCAUACCUACUGUGAAGCAUGGGGGUGGAAACGGCAUGCUUUGGGGCUGUUUUUCUGCAAAGGGACCAGGACGACUGAUCCGUGUAAAGGAAAGAAUGAAUGGGGCCAUGUAUCGUGAGAUUUUGAGUGAAAACCUCCUUCCAUCAGCAAGGGCAUUGAAGAUUAAACGUGGCUGGGUCUUUCAGCAUGACAAUGAUCCCAAACACACCGCCGGGCAACGAAGGAUUGGCUUCGUAAGAAGCAUUUCAAGGUCCUGGAGUGGCCUAGCCAGUCUCCAGAUCUCAACCCCAUAGAAAAUCUUUGGAGAGAGUUGAAAGUCUGUGUUGCCAAGCGACAGCCCCAAAACAUCACUGCUCUAGAGGAGAUCUGCAUGGAGGAAUGGGCCAAAAUACCAGCAACAGUGUGUGAAAACCUUGUGAAGACUUACAGAAAACGUUUGACCUGUGUCAUUGCCAACAAAGGGUAUAUAACAAAGUAUUGAGAAACUUUUGUUAUUGACCAAAUACUUAUUUUCCACCAUAAUUAGCAAAUAAAUUCAUAAAAAAUCCUACAAUGUGAUUUUCUGGAUUUUUUUUCCUCAUUUUGUCUGUCAUAGUUGACGUGUACCUAUGAUGAAAAUUGCAGGCCUCUCUCAUCUUUUUAAGUGGGAGAACUUGCACAAUUGGUGGCUGACUAAAUACUUUUUCCCCCCACUGUGUAUAUAUAUAUAUAUAUAAAAGCAGGUUCAACUAUUUUGAUAAAAUAAUUACAUUUUUAGUGGUCUUAUGGUUGUGAAAGGCGUGUUUGUGUGUGUGUGAUGGAUAAAUGAUGACUUAUGAAAAUACACACAGGCCAAUUUAAUUCCAUUAAAUAAUGCAAAUGAACCUAUAGACCUUUAAGCAUGAAGGUCAAAUGUAUUUACAUCAACUGGUAUUUCCAUCAAUGAAUAAAAAGCAUUAUUUUGCCAUGGGAUUUUUUUCUCCCGGUCAUUUUGGCCAGCAACAGUUUUAACUAUCUGCUUUUUUUUGGGGGGGGGGGGCAAAGCCCGGCAAUUGCCGGCUAACGGAAACCCUAGUUCCGGCCCUGAAUAUACGCUCAAGAAAAAAAUUGGCCCGCGGCUGAAUGUAGUUGGGACCCUUGAUGUAGAGUAUGUAGCUAGUAGCUUGCUAGCUAACUGAUUAGCGUAGCUAUGUUUUUCCUUGCUGGUUGUGUAAUCCUUCUUUUGUAUGUUUCAGGUCCAAUGUCUUGAACAGGUAACAAAUGUGGAUGAGCUGGUUCCUGAAAGGGACCACCUGUCUUUUGCAGGUGGCAGCCCGCAGCACCCCAAGGCUGCCUCCCCAAAGAGGCCUCUCUUCCUCCCUAGUCAGAAUCCUAACCAAGCCACGCACUCCAAGAUUUGCUAUUCCUCCAUACUAUCCUCCGGGACAACUAUGGGGGAUGUCAUUGCCAAUCAGUUGUACCAGGAGCUACAAAAAGGAUACCAAGUCUAUCCUAGACUUUCCUGUCGACCCUAUUACAGUGACCGAUAUCAAACAAUAUCUGCGCUCUAAAGACAUCCCAUUCCAUGAUGGCUACAGCUGCUUGCACGCCCCCAGCAUUUUCCUGGACUCGGCUGUGUGUGUCCCUGCGGAUACAGGGAAGGAGAGCUUUACAAUGUUCAUUGACAAAACCACAGGCCAAUUUCUGUGCAAGGAGACCCUGGUGGAGGGGAGCUGGGAGGACCUGCAGGACUGCCUGGAGGUGAUGCAGAAGGAGGGCCAGGCCUCCCUCAGCCCUCACGUGCUGCUGGGCUACCCCGAGAGCCUGGAGGAGCGGGAGGAGAAGGAGCAGGAGCUCAGGGAGGUGCAGAGGAUCUGGUCCAGUGCCGUGCCCUUCUCAGACCUCCCUGACGAGGAGGCGCAGCUAGUCAAAACCAUGUUCCAGAUCGGCAAGAUCUCCAACGCCACGCUCAAAAAGUUUGCGGUGAGGUUAUUCAAGCCCACCAAGAGCCUGGUGUUCCCCUGGUUCAGUGGAAGGGACUCCAGCCUGCGGGGCAUCAAGCUGCUAUCUGCCCAGAGCAUGGAGAGCGGGACGGUAGCUUAUACCGAGGCCAUGGUGCCCAAGGCUGGCUCCUACCACAACCUGUUUGGGCUGCCUCUGGUGGGACGCAUGGACUCCGAGGUGGUGCUGACAGGCCAGGAGGUAGACACCCUGGCAGUGAGCCAGGCCACAGGCCUGCCCAGCGUGGCUCUGCCCCGGGGUGUUAAUACUCUGCCCCCAGCCCUCCUGCCCUACCUGGAGCAGUUCAAGCGGGUCACCCUGUGGCUGGGAGGGGACAUGCGCUCCUGGGAGGCCUCCAAGAUCUUCUCCAGGAAGCUGGGUCUUAAGCGCUGCUCCCUAGUGCGCCCGGGGGAGUUCCAGCCCUGUCCUGUGGAGGCCCUGUUCCAGGGCAGGAACCUGGCCCGUAUCGUCAACGCCUCCAUACCCGCCGCCCACAAGUCCAUUGUGUCCUUCAGGCAGCUCAGGGAGGAUGUCUACGGGGAGCUGGCCAACACUGAACAGGUGGCUGGGGUGAAGUGGACCAGGUUUCCAGAGCUCAACAGGAUCAUGAAGGGUCAUCGCAAAGGGGAACUGACAGUCUUCACAGGUAUAGCGUAUAGUAGGAUGACAUAUAUUGUCAUUUGAUCAUGUUGUUCUACACGGAGGUAUAUAGCUAGCUAUGGUAGAAUAUGCUUCAAAUGGGGGUUGAUUUUAACCUGAGACUAGACUGAGUGAGUAUUGCUUGGCUGUGUAAGUCAAAUCAAAAGCAAAUGAUCUAACUGGCUAUGUUGAUAGUGGCUCUAACUUUAACGUACCUCUCCUCCCUUUUUGUUCUCCCCUCCAGGACCCACGGGCAGCGGCAAGACCACCUUCAUCAGUGAGUUUGCCCUGGACCUUUGCAUGCAGGGCGUCAACACGCUGUGGGGCAGCUUUGAGAUCAACAACGUGCGCCUAGCCAAGAUCAUGCUGACCCAGUUCGCCAUGCAGAGGCUGGAGGAGAACCUGGACCAGUACGACUCGUGGGCCGACAGGUUCGAGGACCUGCCCCUCUAUUUCAUGACCUUCCAUGGGCAGCAGAACAUCAAGUGAGUCCUCUGAAAGUGUUGAGUGAUAUGUCAAUCAAUAGGUGUACUGUAAAGCUUGAAUUGUAAAUAACUCCCUCCUCUCUCCCUCUGCAGAGCUGUGCUGGACACCAUGCAACACGCUGUCUACCUCUACGACAUCAGUCACGUGAUCAUUGACAACCUGCAGUUCAUGAUGGGCCAGGAGAACCUCUCUGUAGACAAGUUUGCCGUCCAGGACCACAUUAUCGGAGCUUUCAGGAAGUUUGCCACCAACAGCAGCUGUCACGUCACUCUGAUCAUCCACCCCAGGAAAGAGGAGGAUGACAGAGAACUACAGACAGCGUCCAUCUUUGGAACGGCCAAGGUGAGUAGAGGGUUACAUCUAAUACUGAAUCAUGUCAAUAUAAAUGUAGACAGAUAAAUAUAACGCUGCUUCCUUGUUUGCCUCUUUAAAGCAUUGAGUGCUUUUAUUACACCUGUCUUGGUGUUGGGUGGAUCUCUAUGUUUGAUUGAUAGGGGGUGCUUGUGACAACAUUAUCAAAAACAGUUCCAUGUACUGUAUGUCUAUAAGUUUCACAGACCCACAUUUUAUUUAUUUUAAAUUAGAUUUACCAGCCAAUUUCGAUCUUGUUUCAUCGUUGCAACUCCCCAACGGGCUCGGGAGGCGAAGGUCGAGUCAUGCGUCCUCCAAAACAUGACCCGCCAAACCGCGCUUCUUAACACCCGACCGCUUAACCCGGAAGUCAGCCGUACCAAUGUGUCGGAGGAAACGCUGUUCAACUGACGACCGAGGUCAGCCUGCAGGCGCCCGGCCCGCCAAAAGGAGUUGCUAGAGCACCAUGAGCCAAGUAAAGCCCCCCCCGGCCAAACCCUCCCCUAACCCGGACGACGCUGGGCCAAUUGUGCGCCGCCCUAUGGAACUCCCAAUAACGGCUGGUUGUGAUACAGCCUGGGAUCGAACCCUGCGAUGCACCACUUGGGAGGCCCCCCAAAUUCUUUUUCAAUCAGAGAUUCACCAUAACACACGUUGUCACUGAUAUUUUUAACCUACAGUGAUUUUUUGGGGGGUUUGUAUCAUUUGAUUUACACAACAUGCCUACCACUUUGAAGAUGCAAAAUAUUUUUUCGUGUGAAAUAAACAAGAAAUAAGACAAAAAAACUACUUGAGCGUGCAUAACUAUUCACCCCCGCCCCAAAGUCAAUACUUUGUAGAGCCACCUUUUGCAGCAAUUACAGCUGCAAGUCUCUUGGGGUAUGUCUCUAUUAGCUUGGCACAUCUAGCCUUCAAGUUAGAUGGGUUCCGCUGGUGUACAGCAAUCUUUAAGUCAUGCCACAGAUUCUCAAUUGGAUUGAGGUCUGGGCUUUGACUAGGCCAUUCCAAGACAUUUAAAUGUUUCCCUUUAAACCACUCGAGUGUUGCUUUAGCAGUAUGCUGAGGGUCAUUGUCCUGCUGGAAGGUGAACCUCCGUCCCAGUCUCAAAUCUCUGGAAGACUGAAACUGGUUUCCCUCAAGAAUUUCCCUGUAUUUAGCGCCAUCCAUCAUUCCUUCAAUUCUGACCAGUUUCCCAGUCCCUGACGAUUUAAAAACAUGUGUUCUCGGGGUGAUGAGAGGUGUUGAGUUUGCGCCAGACAUAGCGUUUUCCUUGAUGGCCAAAAAGCUCAAUUUUCGUCUCAUCGGACCAGAGUACCUUCUUCCAUAUGUUUGGGGAGCCUCCCACAUGCCUUUUGGCGAACACCAAAGUGCUUAUUUUCUUCUUUAAGCAAUGUCUUUUUUCUGGCCACUCUUCCGUAAAGCCCAGCUCUAUGGAGUGUACGGCUUAAAGUGGUCCUAUGGACAGAUACUUCAAUCUCCGCUGUGGAGCUUUGCAGCUCCUUCAGGGUUAUCUUUGGUCUCUUUGUUGCCUCUCUGAUUAAUGCCUUCCUUGCCUGGUCUGUGCGUUUUGGUGGGCGGCCCUCUCUUGGCAGGUUUGUUGUGGUGCCAUAUUCUUUCAAUUUUUUAAUAAUGGAUUUAAUGGUGCUCCGUGGGAUGUUAAAAGUUUCGAAUAUCUUUUUAUAGCACAACCCUGAUCUGUACUUCUCCACAACUUUGUCCAUGACCUGUUUGGAGAGCUCCUUGGUCUUCAUGGUGCCGCUUGCUUGGUGGUGCCCCUUGCUUAGUGGUGUUGCAGACUCUGGGGCUUUUCAGAACAGGUGUGUGUGUGUGUAUGUAUAUGUGUAUAUAUAUAUAUAUAUAUAUAUAUAUAUAUAUAUAUAUAUAUAUAUACAUACAGUGGGGAGAACAAGUAUUUGAUACACUGCCGAUUUUGCAGGUUUUCCUACUUACAAAGCAUGUAGAGGUCUGUAAUUUUUAUCAUAGGUACACUUCAACUGUGAGAGACGGAAUCUAUGUGCGCUGUGUAAGGACAUCGGGGAUAGAAUUGUAGACCUGCACAAGGCUGGGAUGGGCUACAGGACAAUAGGCAAGCAGCUUGGUGAGAAGGCAACAACUGUUGGCGCAAUUAUUAGAAAAUGGAAGAAGUUCAAGAUGACGGUCAAUCAUCCUCGGUCUGGGGCUCCAUGCAAGAUCUCACCUCGUGGGGCAUCAAUGAUCAUGAGGAAGGUGAGGGAUCAGCCCAGAACUACACGGCAGGACCUGGUCAAUGACCUGAAGAGAGCUGGGACCACAGUCUCAAAGAAAACCAUUAGUAACACACUACGCCGUCAUGGAUUAAAAUCCUGCAGCGCACGCAAGGUCCCCCUGCUCAAGCCAGCGCAUGUCCAGGCCCGUCUGAAGUUUGCCAAUGACCAUCUGGAUGAUCCAGAGGAAGAAUGGGAGAAGGUCAUGUUUUCUGAUGAGACAAAAAUUGAGCUUUUUGGUCUAAACUCCACUCGCCGUGUUUGGAGGAAGAAGAAGGAUGAGUACAACCCUAAGAACACCAUCCCAACCGUGAAGCAUGGAGGUGUAAACAAUUCUUUGGGGAUGCUUUUCUGCAAAGGGGACAGGACGACUGCACCAUAUUGAGGGGAGGAUGGAUGGGGCCAUGUAUCGCGAGAUCUUGGCCAACAACCUCAUUCCCUCAGUAAGAGCAUUGAAGAUGGGACGUGGCUGGGUCUUCCAAUAUGACAACGACCCUAAACACACAGCCAGGGCAACUAAGGAGUGGCUCCGUAAGAAGCAUCUCAAGGUCCUGGAGUGGCCUAGCCAGUCUCCAGACCUGAACCCAAUAGAAAAUCUUUGGAGGGAGCUGAAAGUCAGUUUUUCCCAGCGACAGCCCCGAAACCUGAAGGAUCUGGAGAAGGUCUGUAUGGAGGAGUGGGCCAAAAUCCCUGCUGCAGUGUAUGCAAACCUGGUCAAGACCUACAGGAAACGUAUGAUCUCUGUAAUUGCAAACAAAGGUUUCUGUACCAAAUAUUAAGUUCUGCUUUUCUGAUGUAUCAAAUACUUAUGUCAUGCAAUAAAAUGCAAAUUAAUUACUUAAAAAUCAUACAAUGUGAUUUUGUGGAUUUUUGUUAUAGAUUCUGUCUCUCACAGUUGAAGUGUACCUAUGAUAAAAAUUACAGACCUCUACAUGCUUUGUAAGUAGGAAAACCUGCAAAAUCGGCAGUGUAUCAAAUACUUGUUCUCCCCACUGUAUAUACUGGGGUCAUGUGACACUGAGAUUGCACACAGGUGAACUUUAUUUAACUAAUUAUGUGACUUCUGAAGGUAAUUGGUUGCACCAUAUCUUAUUUAGGGGCUUCAUAGCAAAGGGGGUGAAUACAUAUGCACGCACCACUUUUCCGUUAUUAAUUUUUUUAAACAAGAUAUUUUAUUCAUUUCACUUCACCAAUUUGGACAAUUUUGUGUAUGUCCAUUACAUGAAAUCCAAAUAAAAAUCAAUUUAAAUUACAGGUUGUAAUGCAACAAAAUAGGAAAAAUGCCAAGGGGGAUUAAUACUUUUGCAAGGCACUGUAUUUGUGUUGGUACUAGUAACCUUUGAAAUUCCUGUCUACCAGGCCAGCCAGGAGGCGGAUAACGUGCUCAUCCUGCAGGAGAAGAAGCUGGUGACAUGCCCCGGCCGGAGGUCCCUCCAGGUGGCCAAGAACCGUUUCGACGGAGACGUGGGCAUCUUCCCUCUGGAGUUCAACAAGGCCUCGCUCACUUUCUCUGCCCCGGUCAAGGGCAAGCUCAAGCUGAGAAAGGUCAAGGGGGAGGGGUCAGAUAAUGAGGAGACAUUAGGAGAAACUCUAAAGAAGGAGGAGACAACGGUUAAGAAGGAGAAACUAGUGAAGUUGGAGAGGCCACCCAAAGCUACCAAAACGCCCAGAGCUGUUAAGAGUCCUGCAGCAGGGAAGGGCACACCAGAGGGAGAGGGAAAGAAACAGCCAUAG